AUGAACGUGGAAGGCGAACAGAAUGCGGAAAGAAAAGGGUGGAGAAAAGGUGUGAAAAAGGUAGGGAAGUGGGUGGCACAUAAGGACAAUGAUAAAUGGUUGGAUGACAUUAGGGGUAACCUGAGUUUGGUGGCUACGGUAAUCGCAACAAUAACCUUUCAAAGCGCUCUAAAUCCACCGGGUGGCGUUAGAGCGGCACAAGAGAGUGGAGUAGUGGGUUGUGAAGGGAUGAAUCCAUGUCCUGGAAAAUCUGUCCUCGCUUAUACAAUGCGCGAAGAUUACACCUUCUUCCUUAUUUUUAACACUGUAUGUUUCGUAUCAUCUUCAGCUGUUUGUCUCUUGCUUGUUAGUGGGCUCUCUCUAAACAACAGAUUUUUCGCCUGGCUUUUCUCAAUAGGCAUGUGCAUCACCAUCUCUAGUCUCGCUCUUACAUAUAUGUUUGGUGCUCAAAUGGUCACCCCUGAACCUGUUUGGAGCACAUCCACCACCUCCAUGUUUUAUAUUGCUUUUCUUCUGUGGUUAGCACUACUGGGACUCGUCGCUCUUGUUCAUUGUCUGCGCCUGUUCAUUUGGAUUCUCACUCGCAAACCUAAACAAUGAGAUAUUCA